CCUCUUAUUGAAGAUUUAAAUCAUCUGUGGAAGAAGGGAGAGGUAACUUAUGAUGCUUAUAGUAAAACUACAUUUAAUCUAAAGGCAAUGCUUCUCUGGACUAUUAGUGACUUUCCAGCUUAUGGUAAUCUUGCUGGCUGCAAAGUAAAAGGUAAAAUGGGCUGUCCUGUAUGUGCAAAAAAUACAGAUUCUAAGUGGUUGAAGUUUAGCAGGAAGCAUGUGUACAUGUGCCAUAGAAAGGGAUUGGCACCAACACAUAGAUAUAGGGAUAAGAAGACAUGGUUUGAUGGAAAGGCUGAACAUGGGAGAAAAGGAAGAAUUUUAACUGGUCAUGAAGUCUAUCGGAUCCUGAAAAACUACAAAAAUGACUUUGGAAAUGUUAAAGGUUCUGGGAGGAAGAGAAAAAGGACUGCCUAUAUUGAUCCAGUUUCUGAUAGUUCAGAUUUGUCUAGUGAAUCUGAGGAUGAUGAAGAAGUAGAAGUAGACCAGGAGGAAUUAUCAAGGUGGAAGAAAAGAUCAAUAUUGUUCAAGCUGCCUUAUUGGGAGGAUCUCCCUGUAAGGCAUAAUCUGGAUGUAAUGCAUGUAGAGAAGAAUGUUGCUUCAAGCAUUGUUUCUACAUUGUUGCAUUGUGGAAAAUCUAAAGAUGGUCUUAAUGCUCGUAGAGAUCUCCAAGAUCUUGGUAUAAGGAAGGAUUUGCAUCCAAAAGUCCAAGGAAAGAGAACAUAUCUACCUGCAGCACCUUGGUCUUUGUCAAAGAAAGAGAAGCAAAUAUUCUGCAAAAGACUAUUUGACUUUAAAGGUCCAGAUGGAUAUUGUUCUAAUAUAUCAAGGGGUGUGUCAUUAGAGGAUUUUAAGAUAACAGGACUCAAGUCUCACGACUUCCACGUGUUGAUGCAACAACUUCUUCCUAUUGCACUUAAAAGGCUAUUACCAAAAGGUCCUAGGACAGCAAUAUUCCGGUUAUGUUCUUUCUUCAACCAUUUGUGCAAGAGAGUCAUUGACAGAGAGGUUAUCUCAGUAAUGGAACAUGAAGUUGUGGAAACACUUUGUAUGUUUGAAAGGUUUUUUCCUCCCAGCUUCUUUGAUAUCAUGGUACACUUGACAGUACAUCUAGGAAGAGAAGCAAGACUUGGAGGACCAGUCCAUUUUAGAUGGAUGUAUCCAUUUGAGAGGUACAUGAAAGUUCUAAAAGACUUUGUAAGAAAUCCAGCAAGACCAGAGGGUUGUAUUGCAGAGUCAUAUCUUGCUGAAGAAUGUGUGCAGUUCUGUAGUGAUUUCUUGAAGAAGACAACAAGUGUAGAAGAAAAACAAGAGAGAAAUACAGAGUAUGAGAACAGUUCUAUACUAGAAGGUCGUCCUUUAUCUGCAGGAACUGCAAUUACUCUUACUGAGAUGGAAAAGAACAUAGCCCAUCUUGCUGUCAUUCAAAAUAUGGCUGCAUUGGAUCCUUUUGUUGACAUGCACUUGGAACAUCUACAAGACACUAAUCCAAGGUGUAGACGUGAUGCAUCAAUGUUAUGGUCUAUGCAUGCUAAGAACUAUGCAUCAUGGUUAAAGGAAAAGGCAAGCUAUUUCACUGUCUUUUGUAUAUAUUUAGUCUGAUUCAUAUAAAUAUAAGUCACUGACACUAAUUUAUGCAUCUUGCUAGAUACCCAUUUCUUCAUCUGGACAUGAAGAUACAAUUAAAUGGCUGGCAUAUGGUCCACGGUGUAGUGCAAGGUCAUACACUGGUUAUAUAGUGAAUGGGCAACGUUUUCACACAAGCUCACUUGAAAGGAAAAGUCAGAAUAGUGGAGUCUAUUAUGAGGCUACAGCUAUGUGUAGAUCUAGUGCUAAAGAUACAUCACAGGUGGUUGAUUUGGUAUCUUACUACGGCAGAAUCAUUGACAUCAUCUUGCUAGACUAUAAUGUCUUCUAUGUUCCUCUGUUUCGGUGUCAAUGGGCAGUGAGAGGUAAUGGAGUUAAAGUGGAAGAUGGGUUCACACUUGUUAACUUAAAUCAGAGUCAAGUCAGUUUUUUACGGGAUCCUUACAUACUAGCAUCUCAGGCAAAACAAGUCUUUUAUUCAAGGGAAGAUGAUUCCUCCAGUUGGUAUGUUGUCAUGAGAGGUUCUACAAGAAGAUAUAGCAAA